AUGGAAUGGAAACUGUAUAAACAAUUACAAUUGGAUAGUCCUUAUUUCGAAGACUAUAGACAGGCUAUCUUAUCUAAAACUAUUCCUUGGGAUGGAUAUGCUCGUGGUUCAUUGAUCUCGGAACAAGAAGCUAAAGAAUUGACUGAAUUGGAAAAGAUUAAUACUGAAGAAAGUUUAACUAAUUUUAUUCGUUCAAAUAAUGUUGAUAAUUAUGUGGAAACUUUAUUAAAUAUCCUUGGGAAAGAUUUAAGUGAUAGAAAAGAUGCUAUUAAAUAUGUUAAUGUCUUAUUUUCAGGGUUUUUGAGAUAUGAUCAAGUUUUAACAAAAUUAGUUGAAUUAAAUUCAAAUGAUUCAAUUUUAAAACCUUUUGUUAAAUAUUUAAAUCAUCAAGAUGAAGUUAUUAAAUUAUUUACAUUGUUCAACAUUUCAUAUCUGCUAAUUCAAAAUGAUAUCACACUAAGUGAUGAUUCAAUUGUUUUACAAACUUUUCAAGUAUUAGAUACAUUAAUUGAAUCUGAAAAUUUUAAAUUAAAACAAUUUUCUAUUGAAUUAAUUAGUGAAUUAUUAUCUAAAAAGCAAUAUAGAGAUAUUUUUUGGACAAAAAAUAAUGAAUUUGUACCAAAAUUAUUUUUAAAUUUAAAUACAGUUUUAAAUAAUAAUUCAACAAAUUCAAUUCAAUUUCAAUAUAAAAUAUUAUUAUCAAUUUGGUUAUUAACUUUUAACAAGGAAAUUUUGAAAAAUUUUAGUAAAAUUUAUCAAAAUGAUUUAUUAUCAUUAUUAAAAUUAUUAAAAAUUUCCAUCAAGGAAAAAAUUAUUAGAUUAAUUAUUUCAAUUUUAAAUAAUUUAACAAAUAUUCCAAAUGAUGAUAAAAAUUCAAUUGAAAAUUUAAAAUUUUUAAUAUUAAUUGGUAAUAUUCAAUCAAUUAUUCCAAAUUUAAAAAAUCGUAAAUGGGCAGAUGAAGAAUUAGUUCAAGAUUUAGAUUCAUUAUCUUCAAAAAUUGAAGAAGUUUUUUCAACUUUAACAAGUUUUGAUGAAUAUUUACAAGAAUUAACAACAAAAAAUUUUAAAAAUUCACCAACUCAUUCAAAUAAAGAAUUUUUUAUUGAUAAUUUAUCAAAAUUUCAAGAUUCAAAUUAUAAAAUUUUUAAACAAUUAAUUGAAUUAUUAAAUUAUGAAGAAAAUGAUUCAUCAAAUUUUACAUUUAUCUUGAAUGAUAUUUCUAAAAUUUUAGAAUUAGAUUCAAAUGCUAUAACCAUUUUAAAUUCUCAAAAUAAAAAAACUAAAAUUAUGGAAUUAUUAAAUCAUAAAAAUUCUGAAGUUCGUUAUGCUGCUUUGAAAGCAACUCAGUUGAUUGUUUCACAAACUUUCAAAUAA